UCCAUUACUAAUAAAUACAUCAUAUAUAGAGACGAAAGGGGAAUGUUAUGAAGAACAGGAUACAAAAUACAUUGUUUACGACAAAACGGAAGAUUGCUACAGGUGUAUGGCAAUUCACAGCAAACACGAAAGCGUUCUUCAGUACAAAGAAGCAUUUUGCGAUGUGAAGUCGAACCUUGCCGAAAUAUGCUCUGGUAUUACUGGUGAUGCGCCCUUGUAUAGUAUGUUCCGAAAAUCGCCCGAAUCCAAACCUGUACCGUGCCCAUUUAAAAGUGCCCCUUUUACAUUUAACUAUAACAGAGGUCCAGGAGACUGCAGUAAUCCACCCAGCAAGGCUGAAAGUUGUACUGACGAUUCAAGAUUAGUGUUAAAGUAUCAAGCCUGUCCAGACGUUCCAUCAACAGAGAGCUUUGUGGAAGAACUAAUUUGUUUGGCAAUUUGGAAGGAAGGUUCAACUCGUUAUCUGGUUGGUAAAGUUUCUCAAGGUAACAGACGAUCUUCAACUGAUGAAGAUCAAUAUCGAUGUUUUAUAUAUCAACGAGAAACUCGAGGGGACAAAACAAUUUACAACAUUGCCCAAUCUGCUGAUGCCACUUGCAGUGGUCUACAAAGCGCUUUUGAAGGAAGCAAAACGAUAAAAUUGACAACAGUCGAUAAUCACCACAAUCGCUGUAAAUUUCCCGUCUGGAUAACUGAUCAUCAUACAUGGCUAAGUUUGGAUCAUAAGAAAACCUACAAAUUUUCGCAAGGCCACGCAACUUUGAAAAUUGUUGAUGAAGAAUCGAAGCCUAACCGAAUGCAUCACACUUACGCACAACAAUUUGCUUUCCACGAAUUUGGAUUUCAGUCCCAGGAUCACCGCAGGGGUAACACUGAAGAGAGAGUUGUAUGUCACAGUAUAUUGCAAUCUCAAGAACAUAGGAAAGUCCAAAUUGUCGCUCAUGUUACUGCAGGAUGUGACAGCGGUUAUGUCUGUAUGGUAUUUUAUAAAAGAGACAGUAAUGUCAUUGAAAUUCAACAAUCAGAAAAAUAUGUGGAAAAUCCUGACGAGGCUUGUCAAGACUUUGAUCCUAGUGUAUUGCGUUAUACCACUUUGAUGACUACGACUCUUCAUCCAAAAAAAUGUCCAAGACUCGGUAGAUAUUCGGUGUCAAAUAUUCUUAAUGAAGGACGAAGAAAAAGAAGACAACAACAAGCAGACGGAGAGCCUUCCAAAAAUGAUCCAAAUAUGUGUAUUUCGGAAGAUUACGAUUCCUUAGCUGUUGGAUGUAGUGGUUCUAAAGACUCCAUGGAAUUUAAAUCGUCAUGUUCUCAGAAAAGCUCAGCUUAUACGUGCCAUGGAAAUUGGGUAGAAAAUGGAACGUACUAUGUGGUAGUGUCACCAACUACUACCAAAAAAUCUGGAGAUAGUUCAAGGUAUUGUUUCAUGUAUUCGGCCGCAGGUCCGCCACUUCUAAAUACAGCACUGGACGGUCAAAUUCCUCCUCAGUCUAGAAAUAGUAUUGGUAUGCUGCCUAUAAUGCGGUUUUCGAGCGUUGCUGAAAGCUGCAAUCGAAAUACCGUUCCUGGAAGUACCGGAAGUUGGUUCUAUAAUUUUACCUUAAACGGUACAUGUGAAUCCAAUAGCACAGACUCUGGUUCACUAGCGUUGCCAUCUUUGUCGGUUAUCGUCACCUUGCUCUUAGUAAUAACAUUUUUUGCAAGAUGAUGAAUACGAAGCUCCGCCAACUUCUGUGUUAAAAACAAGUUUUAAGCGCGUUAUUUAUUAAAUGGAUCAAAGACUUUUCUAGUGAAUUGAUAUUAAGAAUCAAUCGAUAAGGGCACGAAAUCGACAAGCGUAUAAAGCUUGUCGGUUUCUUUUCUAUUCUUUUUGGGGGUAGAAACCGUCACUCGAAAUGAGGGUGUAUAGUGAUCGUCGGUGGUGCUGUUUGUAAAUUUUAAUUUUCUAUUUUUAAAUUUAUAUCUUAGAGUUUUUUGACCGAAUCGACGCCCUCGUUCCGAGUGGGUUUACUUAAGAUGAGAAUUUGUAGUCAAUUUGAGGGUGUAAUAACACGUUUUUAAACACACAGUAUUUUUAUCGAAUUAUGUACGUAUGUAAUUUCAGCCAUUGACAGGUCGGCAGAUGUGUGAUCGGGGUGAAACGGGUUCAGAAGGUACCUAACUGCAGCUAUUUUUAUUUAAGUGAUCCAGUUGUUAGUCUGUAGCCAUCAAAAAGUCCAUUUUUACAGCUUUCCUUAGUUUUUAAUCAUAGUUUACAUUAUAUGACACCAAGUCGAUCAAAAGACAAUACUCUCUUCGACAUGGAAUUGAUAAUUGAAACUGUGGGAUGUUACCUUUGAAACGUUUCCGCAUAAUGGGCUGUAUAUAAGCAUAUGAGGCACGGCUAUUCUGAAUCGCAUGCUUGGGCGGUGGGGAUUAAGCAAAGUAGUAUUUAUUAAUAAUAUAAUUUAAUAAUGUAUUUCCUAUGAUAGACAGUUUACAAGAAUCGCUAAAUCCUACAUUUAUCGAAUUUCAGAAUUGUUAAAAAGGUUACGUUAUUGUAGGGGGGGUGGGCCAAGAAUAAAACAAUGAUAGACCAUAUCGUGAGGGGAGGUGGAUGAAAAAAUGUCUGAAAAGCAAUGAGAGUCGUUGGAUGAAAGUGAGUGACUUGACUUCGGCCUUCAAUCUUCAGGUCUGUUCUUCUAUAUUAACGAACGUUGUUUUGAUUGAUUUAUUCUACUUUUAGAUCGCCAAUUUAUUCAAUGUAUCACCUUCUAUAUUGAAAUAAAUAAGGGCUUACUUUAAAAAGCGUAAAAUAGUAGAAAUAUUUUUACCAAAACUCGUGGUCAAAGGUAAUACGAAAUUAAUUUAAUUACUACAUAAAACGAUUCGUCGGUCAUUUUUAUAUGUAGGUAAUUUUAAUUUGUUUAUCAGGUAACUGAUGGUUUUUAAUUUUAUCGUCGUAUGAAAUUUUAAAAAGAAUUUUUGGUUCUUGGCAGGACUAAAAAACAACCUUAUUGCAAAAAAAAUUUAUUUCUUUAAUUGGUACCGCCUAACAGCUUACAGCCUAAACACGUGACUGGAGUUUACUCCUGAAAGACGAUUGUCUAAAAAUAUAUACAAAAACAAGAAAUCUGCGUUUAUUAAUCAAAUAUUCUCAUAAGUUAAGUACAAAAUCCUACAUAAAUAAUAGUUCUUUGUUCUUUUAUUGUGAAAACAGCUGGAUCACUUGAUAAUCUUCUCCAUGGCAUUUGUAGCUAUUUGAAUCCAUAUAAAUACAUACUUCGUUUGGGAACAAAAGAAAUUUUAUUAACUGUUAUUGACGCAUACAUAAUAGUAAUAUUAAUAUUAAUAAUAUAAAACUAAAGUUACAACGAAUUCCUAAAGGACAGUUUUAUUUCUACACAUUAAUAUUAACAUUAAUUUAUAUCCAUAUAUAUUACAUAAGUGACAAAGUGGAAGAGAUUGCAGGGACCUUUAGCAUUUUAUUAAAGCAGCUCUGAAAGAAAAAAAUUAUUCAUUUGAUCGAUAUUUUUUUUGUAAUAACAGUGAUUUUAAACGUAGCAGAAUUUUUUACAUAUACCUUUGCAGCUCGUUUUUGUCUUCAAAAUUAUUCGCUGAAUUGCUUUAAUAUCUAAGAAAUGCAUUUUGAAUGUACAUAUUUAUUUGGGGCAGCUGUAAUUUAAAUUCAAUAUUUUACCCCUCUUGUGAACAAAUCUUUUGCUUUUUACAUUUAGGUCCCCAAUUGCAACAACAUCGUGGUAUAGCUUUAUUUGACUAUUGAUACACAAUUUUAAUUUUUUUUCAUAUUUAUACUGAUUUUGGGCCGAUUACGAUAUAAUCAAUAGGUUUAGGUUAAAGUUUCGGAGCAACUUGUUCAAGGUUAUAAAGUAGAAAGAGAUUGAACUUCGAUUCAACUAUUACGUUGUGUCGCUAAUUUUGGUUAUUUAUGAGCCAAUAAGUCCCAAGUUCGUUGUUUACUUGCCGACUUAAGUAAAAUUUGCCUCUUAGCAUAUUAUAGUGUAGUUUAGAAAUAACACCCUGGGCCAUUACCAAAUCGGUAUGUACUUACUUAUCAACUUAUCAUCUACAAAUUUAAUGAAAUAAAAGAAAAACUAAAUUAAAUUUAGUAUUUAUAAUUUUAGUAUAUAUUAAUCAUAAAAUAUUCUUUCAACAUUAAGGGUAAUUUUUUCGAAAUUCGAUAUAUUUUAACUAAACUUUGAAACUCGUUUUCGAAGUUUUUCUAGACUUUUUUAUCAAUCCUAUAGUAAUGCAGUUUUGUAUAAUGUUUUAAUCAAAAUUAAUAGGAAAUGACUUAAAUGAAAAUGGUCAAAAUGUCGUAACGAUUUGGUAGAGAAUGGCAUGAAUUGAAGGAGAGCUUAACGUUAUUUUUGUAUAAUUACGUCACUCUGCACAUUGUUUUAUAUUGUAUUAAAAAUUAAGAAUGUAUACUGGGAUUGACACAGAAAUAACACGUUCAACAUUGUAAAUAGUUUUAAAUAUGUGAAAGAAAGAGAGAGGAAAAGAAAGAGAGAGCUACUAUUAUUAAUAAAAUCGUUUUCGAAACGGUUUUAGGAUGGUAUGUAUAAUACCGAUUUACCUAAUUGUAGUGUAUUUUUGCAUAAUUUUUAUGUAGUCAAUCACUUUUUCUCUUGUACAUAACAGUAAUUAAAACAUUAGGAUAUUUAUAAUAUAAAAUAAUUUAUUUAAUGUCCACAAAAUAUAUAAUUAUUUUCAAAGUGCAGCUAUAUUGAAGAAAACAAAUUAUAAUUACCAAUGUAAAUUAAUGUAAAUAGUUGUACCGAUUAAGUUGUUAAGGAGUUAAGUUGUGUUAUGUUUAAGGGACAUUAGAAUACUAAAAGACUGCUAAGUUAUUUUAUUUUUUUUUACUAACACCGUGGCAUACUCGCUAUUCAUUUACGUGUUUGAUCAUACGUGUAAAUAUAUUUGCUGUGAUUGUUCUACUAAUCCACGUCAGCGAAAUCCGAAUGUCGGCGGUGAUAUUUUUGCCCCCAUCACCUACAAUCCACUUCAUGAAUGCAGAAACAAGGGCAAAAAUUAUCGCUAAAUACAUAUACACGUUGUUUUUGGCUUUCUUAUUAUAUCAUCAGUGUGUCUUUUAAAUUGUUUUCAAAUUAGAAAAUGUGUCAGCUUAUCUUUGAGGGUUAUAAUUAUAUUUUGAUUACAAAAUAAACAACUGCAAAAAUAUACUGGUUUUAUUAUUCCUAAUGAGAUUUAGGGAUAUGGUGCUUUGUCUUGGAUUAUUUAGUUUUUAAGAAAAGAAGUUCCUUUUUAAUUUUGGACAAAUCUUGUUAGUAUACAUCAU